AUGGCCGAUACAGCAGAGCCCGCGCCCGACGCGCUGGUCGCGACCGAGUCCGAUCCCACGAAUGCGCCAAACGAAGAGCAGCAGCUCGAAUCGACCAAGAAAAUCAAGAAGAUCAUCAGAAGGAAGAAGCGUCCUGCGCGCGUUCAAGCAGAUCCCUCAGUUGCGAAGGCGGAUCCCUCAACACAGUCUGGACUGCAGUGGAACAUCUGGUACUCAAAACAUGAGGGUGGGCAGAGAGGGGAUGAGCAACACAGCUUGAACAAGCCCGCUCCCGGUCGAUGCUCGAUUGCUAGAGAUGCUGGAUACACCCGUGCCGAUCGGACACCAGGAGCUUUCUUCUGCGUUCACUUCGCUCGAGGCGUGUGCCACAAGGGGGCCGAUUGCGAAUACUUGCACCGCUUGCCUGGAAUUCACGAUUUGUAUCAACCGAAUACCGACUGUUUUGGCAGGGAAAAAUUCUCGGAUUAUCGUGAUGAUAUGGGCGGUGUUGGAAGUUUCCAACGACAGAAUCGUGUUCUAUACGUUGGAAGAAUCCAUGUUACGGAUGAUAUCGAGGAGGUGGUGUCUAGGCACUUCAGUGAAUGGGGCCAAAUUGAACGAUCCCGUGUUUUGACAGGCAGGGGAAUAGGCUUCAUUACAUAUUCAAAUGGUGAGAAUAUCCCAGGCAAAUGCCCAAUUCGCAAAGGUACGGAAGAAUCGUCUCAACAUUACUAUCAAAGUGAUACCCUAACACAGAACGACAGGAAGCCAUGCAUCAACAGGCUCUUGAUCAUGCAUCCAGAGGAAAUUUUGAAUGUCCGCUGGGCAACAGUCGACCCCAACCCAAUGGCACACAAGCGGGAGGCCCGCCGGUUAGAAGAACAAGCCGCCGAGGCCAUUCGACGCGCACUCCCAGAGGCAUUCGUUGCGGAAAUCGAGGGCCGGGACCCCGAGGCCCGAAAGCGGAAGAAGAUUGAGGGUAGCUUUGGAUUGAACGGAUACGACGUGCCCGAUGAUGUCUGGCACGCGCGGACCCGGCAGCUAGAGGCAUCGGCACCUGCGGCCCAACUCGAGGCCCCGGAGCAAGCUCAAAUGAUUGAAGCCGCACCACCCGCGGCUGAGCCCGCACAGCCGGAGAACGGAAUCUUUUCCAGUUCAACUGUGGCAGCCUUGCGUGGACUAGCGGGUGGUAAUGUGACGACCCAGGCUGCGCCGAAGAGCUCUGGUCCCUUGGUUGGCUACGGGUCUGAUGACGAUAGUGACUAG